GGUAAAAGAAUUCAGAACCUGUGUUCAAAGCGUUCAAGUCGGUGAGCCACCAAAAGAAGAAUCAGAAACAAAGAAUAAUGGAUUUUCUCAAUGAUUUUGACCCUUCCGAUGACGAAAAUAAUUGUAAACAUCAAGAAAAACCAACUUAUCUACCUUUCAAACCGAAUUUCCAUGAAAAAUAUUGGUAUCGUAAUGCUUUAAAAGAAAAUCAAACAGCGACUGCAAUAACUGAAAUUGACUUGUUCCGAGUGGCUGAUUGUUAUCAUAAUGGGGAUUUCGAAUGCGCUGAAAAUAUUCUCACCGGGCUCCGUGAAAGCACGAAAAACAAUCGUACACAUGAAAUAAUGCUAAUCGAUUCUCUUCUCCAAUGUUCCAUCAAAAAAACAUCGGAGCUGUCUUCACCUGAAACUUCAAUUUCUCUACAAUUUCUUUCCUACUACGAAUCCAUUUUGGUCGAUUUUGGUGAUCAAAUUCAGUUUCUACGAACAAAAGCUUUUCUUCUCUCAAAGUUACCUUUCACAUCAAACUAUCAGAAAGAAUUCAAAAACACGAUGGCACUUCUUUGUCAAUUGUGUGGAUCAUUCGAAAAUUGGCAGCUUUUUGAAAUCGGCUCAAAAUAUUUCACGAAGUUGGAAAUGUUUGGGCUGAAAUUGAAAAUGAAGAAAGUUUUGAAGUAUGAAAUCGAUCAUUCCAAAGGAUUUAUUCAGGAGAAAUUGAAGAAGAGAUUGGAGAAAAUAACAAAAGAAUUAAAUGAGUUGGAAGGAGAAUUGGAAAGUAAUAUUAUCGAAUCAAUUCACUCUUCUAUCAACUCUCACAAAGACACCACAACAGUCGAAUCCACUCCAAAUUCAGAAUUUCGUGCUCAUGAAAGUCGCUCCAAAAACAAAUUAAUUCCAGUUUCAGAUCAACCAGCCACAAUUGAAGACUUCUUUCAUCGUUUUCCAUUUUUGUCAUUUUAAUUUUCUAGGCUAUUUUGUUAGGUUGUUCAUUGUUUCAUUUUUUCUCUUAUCGUUUAAUUGUUACUUGUAUUUUGUUGGCUUCCGUAUCUGAAAAUUUGCAAUUUUCAAAAAGUUCAUUACUGCAAACUUGCAUAACAAGAAUUGGGAGUGACAUACACUCUCCCCAAACCAUUUUAACAGUUUUCCUUUUUACGAGGUGUGUCUCCUCAAUAAUCAUCCAGUUAAA